AUGACGAUUACUUACAAAGAACUAGAUAUAAAUAAUAUCAGAUACUUUACAAGAUUAAAAGAACUUAUCGAUGCAGAUCUUUCUGAACCAUAUUCGAUAUAUGUGUAUCGAUAUUUUCUAAAUCAAUGGCCACAAUUGGCUUAUUUAGCCUUUGAUAGCGAUUCCAAGGAUAAUCUACCAAUAGGUUGUAUUAUAUGUAAGAAUGAAAUACAUCGAAAUUCAAGAAUGAGAGGAUAUAUUGGAAUGCUAGCUGUUCAAAAGGAAUAUCGUAGCCAGGGAAUUGCUAAGAAACUUGUUGAACAAGCUAUUGAAAGGAUGAUUCUAAAUGGUUGUGAUGAAAUUAUGCUUGAAACAGAAGUUGAAAAUAUGGCUGCAUUGAAUCUAUAUGAAGGAUUGGGAUUCAUUAGAAUGAAAAGAAUGUUUAGAUAUUAUUUAAAUGAAGGUGAUGCAUUUAAAUUGAUAUUGCCAAUAACAGAAAGGAGUAGUGUACGAUCUACUUUCCUUAUGAAUCAAGACCCAGUAGUUGAAUCUAAUGCACACUCAAAUCUAAUUGUAUAA